GUGACCCCGGCCUCAGCCCGGGAGGGGAAGCUGCCGUUGCCAGGCAACGCCGCAGCGGGCUGGGGAGCGGCCUGGUCGGCCCCGAAGCGGAGCAGGUCUUUCUUCAGUGAGACUCAGCAGUAACCUUUAAUGAUGGGAGACGUCCUCGCUUAUGAAGCCGAGUUACUUGGACUGGUGAAAGAGUAUUUAGACUUUGCAGAGUUUGAAGACACAGUGAAAACAUUUACAAAGGAAUGUAAAAUAAAAGGGAAGCCAUUACCUAAAACAGCAGGUGGUUCCUUGAGAGAUUCAAAAGCUUUGAUUAUCCAGAAGGAUCUGCUUACAGCAUUUGAAGAUGGAGAUCAGAAAGUUUUCUUUGAACUUUGGGAGGAGCAUAUUUCCUCUUCACUCCGAGACAAUGACCCUCUUGCCCAGAAGCUGGAGUUCUAUCUUCACAUCCACUUCGCCAUCUACCUCUUGAAGCACUCUGUGGGCAAGCCUGACAAAGCUGACUUCGAUGAAAGGAUUUCUCACUUUAAAACAUACCUGGAGACUAAAGGGGCUGCACUGAGCCAGACCACAGAAUUCCUCCCCUUCUAUGCUUUGCCUUUUGUUCCCAACCCCAUGGUCCACCCAUCCUUUAAAGAACUCUUUCAGGAUUCUUGGAUGCUGGAGUUAAAGACGAGGUUGGAGAAGUUCCUGUCUCUGACUCUCAAAGCCAGUCAUGCCCCAAGGCUUCUCACUUUAUACAAGGAGAAUGGACAGUGCAGCAAAGAAAUGUUGCAGCAGCUUCAUCAGCAGCUAGUGGAGGCUGAGCGCAGGAGCAUGACCUACCUUAAACGGUUUAAUAAAAUCCAGGUAGACUAUCACAAUCUCAUCGGGGUCACUGCUGAGCUGGUGGAUUCCCUCGAGGCCACAGUCAAUGGCAAGAUGAUCACGCCAGAAUAUCUUCAAAGUGUCUGUGUUCGUUUGUUUAGCAAUCAGAUGAGACAAAGUAUAGCUCAUAGUAUUGACUUCACGAGGCCUGGAACUGCAUCAACAAUGUUAAGAGCAUCUUUAGCCCCUGUGAAAAUACAGGAAGUGCCAUUGUUACCUUCUUUGGAUUAUGAGAAGCUGAAGAAAGAUCUGGUCAGCGGGAGUGAUCGUCUUAAAGCUUUUUUACUGCAGGCUCUGCGCUGGCGCUUGACAACGUCUCAUCCCGGUGAGCAGAGAGACACCGUCCUGCAGGGUUAUAUCAGCAAUGACCUACUGGAUAUCCACAACAGUAGCCAGCGAAAUGUGCUAAAAUUGCUACAUUCCAAGAGUGAGGUGGUCCGACAGUACGUGGCGAGGCUUAUCAAUGCUUUUGCUUCGCUGGCAGAAGGUCGGCUCUACCUUUCCCAGAACCCAAAGUUGCUGCGAGUGCUGGAGGAAAGGCUGAAAGCUGAAGACAAGGAUUCCCUUACACGGGAGAAUGUUCUGGGGGCUUUGCAGAAAUUCAGCCUCAGACGUGCCUUGCAGACGGCUAUGAUCAAUGACGGGCUCAUUUUCUGGCUGGUUGAUGUUCUAAAGGAUACGGAUUGUCUGUCAGAUUACACGCUGGAAUAUUCUGUCGCCUUGCUCAUGAAUCUUUGUCUCAGGAGUUCAGGGAAGAAAAUGUGUGCGAAAGUUGCAAACCACGUGCUCAAAGUUCUCUCUGAUCUCCUUGGCCAUGAGAACCAUGAGAUACAGCCAUAUGUGAAUGGAGCGCUGUACAGCAUUCUUGCUAUCCCUUCCAUACGAGAAGAAGCCAGAGCAAUGGGAAUGGAAGAAAUUUUGCGGUGCUUCAUCAAGGAAGGAAACGCCGAGAUGAUCCGGCAAAUUGAAUUCAUUAUCAAACAGCUCAAUUCAGAAGAGCCAUUGGAUGAUAGUGUUGAGUCUGAUGAUGAAGAGGAGGAUGAAGAUGAUGAAGAGGACCAUGAUACAAUGGAGGCUGAUCUGGACAAAGAUGAGGUGUUACAACCUCAGCUGGGAGAGCUGUCAGGAGAGAAGCUGCUGACGACAGAGUAUUUGGGAAUAAUGACCCAUACGCCAAAAGUGAAGAAGAAGCUGUUUCCUGGUGUCCAUCAGAGCAUAGAUGAGCCUCUCCAGAGACCAGUCACCCCGGGCUAUCACAGAGCUGCAUACCCAACGCCAGAAAAUGAUGCCAUUUCUUCCCAUGGCAGGGAUGGCAAAUUCCAGUCUAUGCAUAACUGUCGUCCUCCCACUCGUAGUGGUAGCAGGUCCAGCACUUCCGACUUUUGUAUUUCCUCUGCAGCAAUUGAAACAGACUCAUCCAAGGUAUUCUCAGCGGGUCUCAGAACGGAUCAACACCUCCCAGCAGUUACUGAAGUCCUGUCUGCCCGAUCCACUGAUUUUGUCCAGGACGAAGUUAAUGGGCAAUCAUACAGCAGCGAGUUUUCCUCUGCCUUCACCGGCAAACGUAGGGUCCCCCGCACUCCUGAAGUGCAGAGUCCCAGCCCUCGAAAGGGAAAGAUCCCAACCAUUGCACCGCAGUUUUCACAGUCUGGACCCCAGCAAACAAGCCGGCCUAGCUCUUCGGGAUCAUCUACAAGAAGCAGGCAAAGCAGCCAGUCCUCCAGGAAGUGAGAGCAGUUCCUUUCUUCAGCAACGUCCUGGCUUAUCCUUUAAGGACACAGGUAGCAUCCUGUAACAAGACUCCCAGCUUCACUGGCAGCACUCCCAGAGGAGAGUGAGGGUAUCAACACUCCACUGCAUAUGCCUUGCACUGUGAUUCAGGGAUUAUCUGAUGGGAUGUCUCCCCUAUUGGUUAAAACAAGAGACCUUCUCAGGAAUCACAAUUUGGGUAGCAUCGCUGCACCAGCAGCAGAGGAGGGCUGGUUGGAUAGAUGUAUGCAAUCCAACUAUUCCUAAUAGUUUAUUCUGAAGCGACAUUGCUGAAUAGAAUUAAAUUGUGUGUGUGUGUGUGCGCGCGCCUCCCCCCGCCCCACGAGGGACUGCCCUGGGGAGAAGGUCCAUAGGGCUGAUGUAAUGAGCUGGCUGAAGUGUACUGUUUACUGUACUCUGCUUGUAUCCGAAGAAGUGGGUAUUCACCCACGAAAGCUCAUGCUGCAAAACUUCUGUUAGUCUAUAAGGUGCCACAGGAUUCUUUGCUGCUUCUACAGAACCAGACUAACACGGCUACCCCUCUGAUACUGUUUACAUGUUGUUCUCUGGACCUGCUUUUAAAACAAGCCCUUGGUUUAUGAGCUGAGCGGGUGGAACAUCUACGUACAGGGAAACUUCAGCAGCCAAGAAAGACCAUGUGUCUGGUUCUGUGCUGAUUAAUGCCCCAUGCAAUCCUGUUCACUUCACGGGGCUUACAAUGCAUGUAAGUGAGCUCUGAAUUUGGCCCGCUGAGAUCUGUGCUGGGUGUUUGAUCAACAAGGAUCCUAGUCUUCCGUGAUUAAAACCCCCAAAAUUCUCCUAUAAAAAAUAGUAAAAAUCCACCUUUUUAUGUGAUGAAAAUGAAACACUGAGUUUAGUUUCCCAAGUCACGAUAUCUACAGGUAUCAGUUGAACACAAUAUUUUAUUGAUAUAGUUAUAAUUUGUAAGCGAGUUUGAAGCCUACCAGUGACAUCAGUCCUUAAAAUAAAAUAAAAUUAAUAGAAUUGCAAUUUGUAUUUCUUGCAUAUCCCAGAUACUUCUAUGUCUGUACUCUAUCCAGUGGAACCCCAUUUAUCCGAUCUAAUUGGAACAGUGGCAGAUCCGCCGAAGGCCGAGCUCGGCCGCCCGGGGCUGACUGCUCCAGUUUGGUUACGGCCGACAGCUGGAUAAUGGAGGCUCUGAUAAAUGGGGUUCUCGUGUAUGUUUUUCUUUUUUCACAAAAUGUAAAAACGCCAAUUGGAUUUCUAGGAUCCCUGUUCAUCCACCUUAUUUGAGAAGUGUGUGUCUGUGGUGUGGGGGGAAUCUUUUGCUGGUAUUAGUUGGUGUGUACUCAGCAGGCAGUGUUCAGGCUCCUCCACUGGGAAGGCGUGUGGACCUGCUCCAUUUUGCUGAAGAAAUAUAAAAUGGACAAGGGAGCAACCUGUGGCAAUUGAAACAAUAUUGCACCAUUGCCCAAAGGAGGGGCAGUGCUUUCCAGUAGGGAGCUAUUCAGCAGCCUUCCCUGAGGGCACCAGCCCCUUGUGGAGCCCUCGUCCUCGUCCAUUGAAUCAGCUUUCUCACCUGGGAUGAAGAACUGUUUUCUCCCUGAGCCAGUCCUGAGCAAAACACAUCCCUCCAAAGUGUGCACCUGGGUAUCCUUCCUUGACCCUUUGUCACCCUCUGUGACAUUCCUUACGUCUGACUUUGAACAAUUAUCUGUUACAUCUUCUUGUGAAAUCUUAGCAGGAACUUGUUUUCUCAAAAUAGGCUUGAGCUGUUCUUCAGUAAAUGUAAAGUGGAGGGUGAGAGGGCCAAUCACUGAAUAAGAACUAGAGCAGUUACUCGUAGCAUUGAUUUAUGAUGCAGAAAUUGUUUUGUUGUUCAUUCUUUUAAAUGUAGCAGCGAUCAGGAAACACUGCAAUAGCCACUGGGACUAGCUUUUCAGUAACAUCCCCUCACGUGUCAGCACUGAUGGAAACAAAAACAAGAAGCCCUCUUCCAAAUCCCAAACCGUCUGGCUGCUGACUGGGGGAAGGGGGUGGGACAGCCAGUGCUUUUUCACUUUUUUACAUGUUCACUUUUCAAAACCAAACAUCGGGGCAGGUGGGGAGUGGGGAGUUGAGGCCUUUUGUGCUGGGAUUGCUGCAUGUGAGGAAAGCAAGCCGAAAACCUUAGACAUGAUAAAGCAACACUGAAUUGGGAGCAUUUGCAAAUUAGAAUGAACCUUGUGGUGGUUUGAAUGACCCACUGCCUUUGAAGCAAAAAUGUCAUCACUGUCCCAUAGGAAAGAAAUGGUUGCAUUGUCAUUGAACGGAAAGAAAGCUUUACACAUGGAUUUAGACCUUGGGUGGCAAAUUUCCGCCUAGGGUGAUAUUAACCAGUCAGGGUCAGUUCUCAAUUGAUGCAAAUUGUCAUUAGGUCCAUUGAGCACGGUGAAACUUACCGAUUUACUGUAAAUGGGGCUCUGACCCCUGAAUAACAAAUCCAAACCCUUGGAAAUUAGACUUAAUUUUGGAAUUGGACAAAUACUGAUGGGUUUGAAAUACUGCAAUUUACAAAGACCAGAUCACUUUGUAAUUUUAAUUUGUCCACAAGAAGGGUAAAGUAGUCAGGAAAUCAGCAGUUCUUACGUAGUUCCAUGUCUGCAUAGGACCAAAAGUGGUUGUGGGUCCUCUUAGACCUCUGUCUUCUAUCAUUUUAAAACUUUCUUUUAAAAGUGCCAGAGAAAAAACUCGGGGGGGGAAUCCAACUCCUUAUGCAGAUCUCCCCAUCCUGACUUGGGAGCGGCAAACGCCUUUAGGUGAAAAUUCCUGCUGAUUCCUAAGAAGGCCGCGACAGACAGAAUAUUAACAUCCCCAGGGUGACUCUGUGGAGGUUUGAUGGAGACAAGUGUCAGUCUAGUUAGCUUUGCUUUUUCCUCUUAAGCAUUGUCUUUUUCCAAUGUAAAAUAUCAAGACUACUUGUUACAAAUGGGGUGCUAGGUAUGCGCAUUUGCAUUUCCUGAUACCCAGAAUUCCUUUUCAGUUCAGUUUUUUUUAAUUAUACAGCAGUGCUAGUGUUUAGCUUAGAAUGGGCCUGCUUCUGUGAGCUGGGAGCAGCUUUUGUGAAGGGUGGAGUGCUCUCUAUUUUAGUACACUUAACAGGCCUGAUCCUUUGCUGGUACAUAAAUCUAGUGUAACGCCUUUGAAUUUUUAACAACGAGGCAAUUAACAUUGGAACAACUUACCCAGGGGUGUGGUAGAUUCUCCGCCACUGGCGACUUUUAAAUCAAGAUUGGAUGUCUUCCUAAGAUACACUGUUUGCAGUGCUGUUGUAGAUGUGUUGGUCCCAGGAGAGUGGAGAGACAGGGUGGGUGAGGUAAUGUCUUUUAUUUGGAUCUGCUACUGCUGGUGAAAGAGACAAGCUUCGAUCUUAAUUCUGUGUAAGCUUAAAAGCUUGUCUCUCACCAGCAGACGUUAGUCCAGUAAAAGAUAUCACCACACCCAUCUUGUGUCUCUCAAAAAGUAACUCUCAGUCGUAAGGCCAGUGUUGCACAGGAGGUCAGACUCCGGUCCCUUCUAGCUUGGAAUCUAUGACAGUCAGUGGAGUUGUGCUAACUUACACCAACUGAGGGUCACGAUAAAUUGAGGGCGCAGCGCACCUUGCAGAAUUGGGCCCAAAUCAACAAGCCUGGGAGGGGAGAAAUAGUUCUUUCUUACAGGGGCCUUUAUAAGUGAGGCCUCUAUGGAGUUUUCCCCCCUUUGAGCCACUAGACAUGUUGGAGUGUCACUCUAUAAUUUGCAGACUUUACCAGACUGUUUUGGGGCUACCCUCAGUCCACCAAAGUAAUCGAUUAGAUCUGACAAUUUUCCAUCCACUUUUGCAAUGAAACGAACCAUGUGUGGAUGUUUAAACUAAUUUCUCAGCAAUGCAAUUCCUAUUAAAGGCUGAUAAAGGACUUUUUUUCUGUGGAAAAAUGGGAAUGUCAAUCAUGCAGGCAGAGCUUUUUCAGUCUCAUAAGUGUAAGUAUUGCUGUUGAUAAAGGGUUACAAGUAGUCGGACAGUAAAAGAGGAAACAGGAUAACACGCAUGCAAUAAAUUCUGCACCUCAUUUCUAAAGGAAGUUAGUCACUUUCACAUGCUCUCGAAAGACUGCUAGUUGAUAAAACAUGCCCACAAUAAAUCCAUAAUCAGAGCAGUGGAGAAUACCCUGCUUGAAUGCUUCAUUGCUUACUUAAACCUGCUGUAUUCUUGUUUACAGGAAGCUAAUACAGGAGUUCCACACAUCAAAAGAGGAAAGCUUUCUGGGGUCAAAAGGCUGUGAGGCUACUUCAAGUUAUAGCUUCGGCCUAAUUUUAUCUUUAGAGAGAGAGAGAGAGUGUGUGUGUGUGUGUGUGUGCGCGCGCACACGUGUGUAGAUAUACAAUAAAAACGGUGUCUGUAAUGUUUAAAUUCUGCAUGGAGGGCUUCUGGAUUUAUGCUUGUUUUGAUAACAGCUGUUCACCUCUGAAUCCAUAGUCUUAAUUCAUUUUGUUGGUUUGCUUGGUCAGUUUCUGUUUGUUUGUUUUUACAUUUCCCUGCAUUUCACAGUUGAGAAAACCACUUUCCCUGCUAUGUUUUGCACCACCUGUGUGACAAACAUGGCCCCCUUUUAUUUAGCUCUUAAGCCAGAUCUACAGGUCAGCCUAGCUAGUGUGCUCUCGGGUUUGAAAACUUCACACCCAGAGUGCCACAGUUAAGCCAACCUAGUCCUCCAUGUAGCCAGAGCUGGGUGGACAGAAGAAUUCUUCCAUUGACCUAGUUACUGCCACUUGGGAAGGUGGAUCACAUGUAUUGCCAAACAAACCCUUCCAUCACUGUAGGAAGUAUUUACACUAUGGGUACGUCCAUACUACCCGCCGGACUGGCGGGUAGCAAUCGACUUCUCGGAGUUCGAUAUAUCGCGUCUCAUCUAGAUGCGAUAUAUCAA